CAUGAAAUAUCUCAACGUCAAUGGUAGUGUGUGACGCCAGCGCAGCAGUUGUGUAAGAAGUAGUGUACUGUGCUUAUGCAGAAAGUGUUACGAUACAUACUCAUUAUAACACUUGUCUUGUUUGGAUGAAUGAGUUUUCUAUGCUUAAUUGAAUAUACAGAAGUAUAAUGUCCUCAGUAGAAGAAAGUGAACUGAAAGGCGGUCAUCCACCUGCAGUGAAAGCGGGCGGAAUGAGGAUAACUCAGCAUAAGGGCCCAAAAGACGAAAAAGAAUUAAAAGUCACCAAAGAAAAGGAACAAGUAGACGAAGGAGACGCCAUAUUGAAAGUUUCCACAAGCCCACCCAAAUCAUUGACUAUUUCGGGAGCCCCAGUGAGAGGCCAUGCAGACUUCCCUACAGAAGCUGUACAGAGUUUCCAUGAAAAGCCAGUUCCCACACACGAUUCUCGUCAUGUGACUAAACCUACGGUCAUUCAUCAGCCUCGCAAGUAGGUUCUCUUGGAUUGUAAGAUUUUGUUGAUGGACUGUGGUAGUUUUGUUUCCCCCAAGAAGACAGAACAGUCCAUUACAAUUUGAGUUAAAUGGAUUAUUUUAAUACUGCAGUCAGUAUAUUGAUUAUCCAGUGUAAAAGACAAUAAAUCUAACACAGAUAUACUCAGUUAUUUGGUUGCUAUGUUACAGACAGAUCUUGUGUAUUUAACUGCUGGAGUUAUUACUAAUAUAUGUAUGAAGUGAUGCAAAGGAAUUUUUUUAUAUAGGGCUGAAUAACAAUGUACAUGUGAAAGAUCUAGAAUGAUUUAAUAUUUGGAACCUCUGAUUCAUAUGUGCUUGAAAUUUUGUCUAGAUUAUCAGGACUUGUUACAUAUUCCACAUGUUGUUUCUUUAUCUGUUGUAAGUAACCUGGAUAAUUGAAACUGUCUGCAUUUAAUACUGAUUUGCAUGAAGAGGAUAUAUCCUGCUUAUUUGAGAAACAUAUUUUAUAUAUUUUUUUCUUUUUCAUAUUUGUAUGCCAAGUAUUAGGGAAUACUGUAUUGGUACUUUGUUUUCAGCAUCUAAAUUGCAUUUCAGUAAGACUGAUGACUAUAUACUUUCCAUACUUGUUAGUAACUAGUAUUUGCUAGUAGAAUAUAACUUACUCUGUAACAACAGAAAUAUUUUUCUUGGUGAAUAGGGGGACCAUGCUUAUGUUUUCUUUCCUAAUUGAAAUACUUUUGAAUGGGUUUCAAGUGUACUGCAUGCCCAGUGUCGAACAUACUGAUUAAUGCCUUAUUGUGAUUCAGAGAUUUGUACCAUAAUUUAGCAUAUUGCUACUUUUCAGGAGGCUAUAAAGAAGUGUUAAAGGCAUAAUAUAUUACUGUGUUUUUAUGAGCUCUGUCUUUGAAAGUGUUACAGUGAAUUUGUUUUUCAUUAUUAGGGAUUAUGGUGAUGAGGGUGUUGGGACAUAUUUUUAUGGAUACAUAUUUGAUUUCAGUUUUAAAGUCAUAUGCUGUUGAAGUUACUGAGAAACUCUUAUUAUUUUUUUAAAGUCUAAUGUAAUUAUCUAUAUCAGAAAAUGUACAAUGUAAAAUAACAAAAACCAAUAAAAUAUUGUUACUCAGA